UUAUGUUCCUCGGCCAUGGGGGGCGCUGUGUCGCUUAUGCUCCCCGGCCAUCGAGGGGAGCUAUAUCCCGUGAUGCUUCCCGGCCAUUGGGGGCGCUAUAUCCCGUCAUGCUCCUCGGCCACGGGGGGCGCUGUGUCCCUUGUGCAGCCCGGCCUGCGGGGGCGCUAUAUCCCGUGGUGCUCCGCGGCGCCGCAGCGUUUCCGGGGCAGCGGCCGGAAGCGGCGGGACCGGGCGGCGAUGGCGGCUCGGGGCGCCGCUCGGGCCGCGCUCCUGCUGCUGCUGGGGGCGGCGGCGGCGCCGGGCCCGGCUCGCGGCUCGCAGGGCGACCGGGAGCCGCUGUACCGGGACUGCCUGGCCCGCUGCGAGCAGCGCAACUGCUCGGGGGCGGCGCUGCGGCACUUCCGCGCCCGCCAGCCGCUCUACAUGAGCCUCACAGGCUGGACCUGCCGAGACGACUGCAAGUACGAGUGCAUGUGGCUCACGGUGCGGGUCUACGUCCAGGGCGGCUACAAAGUGCCUCAGUUCCACGGCAAGUGGCCCUUCUCUCGCUUCCUGUUCUUCCAGGAGCCCGCGUCUGCCUUCGCCUCCUUCCUCAACGGAGUCGCCAGCUUUGUGAUGCUGCACCGCUACAAAGCCUCCGUCCCGCCUUCCUCGCCCAUGUACCACACGUGCAUCACCUUCGCCUGGGUCUCCUUAAACGCCUGGUUCUGGUCCACCGUUUUCCACACGAAGGACACAGCUGUGACGGAGAAACUGGAUUACUUCUGCGCGUCGGCCGUCGUCCUGCACUCCAUCUACCUGUGCUGCGUCAGGACGCUGGGGCUGAGACGGCCAGCCUUAAUCGGCAUCUUCAGGGCCUUCCUCCUCCUCUUCCUCACCUGCCACGUCUCCUACCUGACGCUCGUCCGCUUUGACUACGGCUACAACAUGGCCGCGAACGUGGCGAUCGGCCUCCUGAACCUCGGCUGGUGGCUGUGGUGGUGCGUGCGGAACCGCCCGCGCCUGCCGCACGUCUGGAAGUGUGCCGCGGUGGUGCUGCUGCUGCAGGCGCUCGCCCUGCUCGAGCUCCUCGACUUCCCCCCGCUCUUCUGGGUGCUGGACGCCCACGCGCUGUGGCACCUCAGCACCGUGCCCCUCACCGUGCUCUUCUACAGCUUCCUCGUGGACGACAGCCUCUACCUCCUGAAGGCCAACUCGGACCUCUUCAAGGUGGACUAGUGCCGCCGGGGCAGAGCGGGCCCCUCGCCGCCGCCCCCCCGGGGGCUGCCACGCCGCGUGCCAAGCCGAGCCCCGCCGCCCGGCCCCCCCGGGCCCCCCACGCCGCGGGCGCCCGCCGCCGGUGCCUUCCGAGGUUUGCUUCGCUCCCGCUGCUCGGCGCGGGGGCUUCGCCGUGCCGUGCCAUGCCGUGCCGCGCCGUGCCGCGCCGUGCCGCGAGGUGGCAACGGCAGCCGGUGCCGGUGGCGCGGGGGGGGGACGCGGGCGGCACGGAGCCGGGGAUGGGGCAGGGGUGGGGGGCGCACGGUGCCUGUGCACCGCGGUGCCUGGCGUGAGCGUGAGCGUGUGCGUGUGCGUGUGCGUGUGCGUGUGCACGCUGCGCCGGGGUGCCGCUCCGCUCGCGCGGGCUCCUGGUGUCGUGUGGGGCCAGGGCGGUGCCUUGGGGUGGGGGGCGCCUGCCCCAUAGCGGCCCUGGGGAGCCCUGGAGAGGGGCUGCGCCCCCCGCGCCCCCCCCGCGCCCCCGUGUUGUGUCCUGGCCUCCCAAUAAAGCUGGAGUUCGACCUGU